CGCCCUCCUCGGCCCGGCGGCGCGCGCGCUGCGCCGGCCCCGCCCCUCCGGCGGCGCCGCCUGACGUCACUUCCGGCGCGUCCCGUCAGGCCCCGGGAUGGGGCGAGGGGAGGCCGCUCCUGCCUGAUCCGGCUCUGCCAAAGCCAGCUCGGCACCAUGGCCACCUCGGAGUGGCUCCGUUUCUUUGAGGACGCCGGGAUCCCCCCGGGCCCCGCCCUGGGCUACGCCGUGGCCUUCGUGGACAACAGGAUCCACAAGAACAUGCUGCUGGACCUGACCAAGGAGCUGAUGAAGGAGUUGGGCGUCACGGCCGUGGGCGACGUCAUCGCCAUCCUGCGCCACGCCAAGGUGGUGCACAGGCAGGAGCUGUGCCGGGCGGCCUCGGAGUCGCUGCGGCCCGAGGGCGCGGGGGGAUCCCGGCGGGAUCCGCGGGAUCUCCAGGAGCAGCGGGAUCCCUGCGGGGCCGCCGGGAGGAUGAUCACCAACAGCCUGAGCCGGGAUCCCGCCCCCCGGAACGCCCGGAACGCCCCCGGCGCCGGGAUCUCCGUCACCGUCGCCAACGGGGCCGCCAAGGCCGGCGGAUCCGGUGCCGAGGCGCCGGCGGCUGCGGCCAAGCGGCGCCGGGUGCCCGAGGCCGAGCCCGUGGUGAUCUCGCUGGCCAAGGGCGCCGCCCGCCGGAUCCUGCGCCCGCCCGCGGCCCCAGCCCCGGCCCGGCCGUCGGUGUUCGAGCGCCUCGGGGCCGAGGCCAAAGCGGCCGCAGCCGCCGGAGGGAAGCCCUCGGGGGUGUUCAGCCGCCUGGGCGCCGCCCCGGACGGCCCCGAGGCCGCGGCCGAUCCCGCCGGGGAUCCGGCGGAUCCCGAGGCGCUGCCCUACGCCGGCGUGCUGAAGAAGCGGCGGGAAUGUUCCGGAACGGCGGCGGCGGCGGCGCAGGACGGGGCCGUGUCCAGCUCCUGCCAGCCCCGCGGGCCCCGCAGCGUCUUCCGCAGGCUGGGCCGCAAAGCCGACUGAGGGGAUCCCCCGGGAUCCGCCGGGAUCCCUCCAGGAUCAGCGGGAAUCUGCUGGGACUGACGGAAAAAAAACAGGGAUCCCCGG